GACCCCAGAGGAAAAUACCCCAAACCCCAGGACCCCAGAGGAAGAUACCCCAAACCCCAGGACCCCAGAGGAAAAUACCCCCAAACCCCAGGACCCAGGGAAAAUACCCCAAAACCCAGGAACCCAGAGGAAAAAUACCCAAACCCCAGGACCCCAGAGACCCCAAGGAAAGGAAAAUACUCCCAAACCCCACGCGAUUCGAGAAAAUACCCCAAACCCCACGACCCCAGAGGAAAAUACCCCAAACCCCAGGACCCGAGGAAAAUACCCCCAAACCCCAGGACCCCAGAGGAAAACACCCCAAACCCCAGGACCCCAGAGGAAAAUACCCAAACCCAGACCCCAGAGUGCCCCCCAAACCCCAGGACCCUAGAAACUACCAAACCCCAGGACCCCAGAGGAAACUACCCCAACCCCAGGACCCCAGAGGAAAAUGCCCAAAACCCCAGGGAACCCAGAGGAAAAUACCCCCAAACCCCAGGACCCCAGAGGAAAAUACCCCAAACCCCACGAUUGGAGAAAUACGACCCCAGAGGAAAUACCCCAAACCCCAGGACCCGAGGAAAAUACCCCAAAACCCCAGGACCCCAGAGAAACUACCCCCCAAACCCCAGGACCCCAGAGGAAAAUACCCAAACCCCAGGACCCCAGAGGAAAAUACCCCAAACCCCAGGACCCCAGAGGAAAAAUACCCCCAAACCCCAGGACCCCAGAGGAAAAUACCCCCAAACCCCAGGACCGAGGAAACCCCAAAACCCCAGGACCCCAGAGGAAAAUACCCCAAACCCCAGGAACCCAGAGGAAAAUACCCCAAACCCCACGACCCGAGGAAAAUACCCCAAACCCCAGGACCCCAGAGGAAAAUACCCCAAACCCCAGGACCCCAGAGGAAAAUACCCCAAACCCCAGGACCCUAGAGGAAGUAAACACGGGAAUAAUACACCAAUAAUUCGAGUCUUUCACCUGUCCAUGUUUUAG